AUGGCCCGCGACGCGGGGGGCCGCGAUCCGGGCCCUGACUCAAGGCCUUCGGCGCGGCGCCAGGCGCGGAGUGGCGAGGCGCGCGUCGGGGAGAGCGCCAGGUCGGAGAUCCUGGCGCUCAAGAUGAGCCGCGUGGAGAUCGAAACGACGGGGCAAUCUGGAAAAGUCGACGCGGGCGAGUUCGCCCCGACGAUCGUGACCGCCGAGCGCGUCGACAUCUUCGGCACUGGGCCUGCGCCCCGUGCCGGGCCCGCCGUCUCUGACGACGGCGACUUGUCUGGACUGUCGGUCUGCAACAGCGCGCGCCGCGAGCACUUCGAGGCCGAAGUCGUCUCCAAGUGGAAGGGGCCGAAAGAUGAGAGCAGCGAAAGCUUCCCGCGGCUGCUGAGACCGUCGCUUCGGCAGAUGAAGGAAGACGAGGGGGAGCGCCUGUUGCCCGUGGCCCACAAUUUCAGGCGCCUCCUCGGCCUGGCUUCGCGAUCGCCCGCCGAGGCCGAGGGGCCGAGCGCGUCGCCGACGCAGGCCUCCGCUGUCUGCGCCGCCCUUGCACCGCAGUCGGCGUCGCUCGAGGGCGCGUCGGCAAGGCAGAUGUCGGGGGCGCCCGCGGCGAUGGCGGGCGCGGCGCGCACUUGCGACGUUAUUGAGAGCUUCGGGAAGGUGCUAAACGCUGCGAUUUUCGACGCGAGCAGCGGGUUCCUCGCCGCUGUCAAACGCGCCGACGUCGAGGAGUGCGACGCCGACUUCGCCACGAACGGGAAGUCUGGAACGUCUGACCGCGCGGGGCGCUGGGCGCAGCGGGGCCCUCGCCGCGCCCGCGCUAGCUGCUGCGACGCGCGCGGCGACUUCGAUAUCCCCAUGGCGAAGGGCACCGAGAUGGCAGGCCUUCGAGAAACAACCGAGGCCGAGGGCAAGGAAGGCGUGACAAAGUCGACCUCUAAGAAGAAGCAAGCCAAAUUCAUAGCGCAGGUCGACGAGGUCUUCCUCGACAAAUUAAAAAGUCAGAUGGCGACGACCUUCGACACGCUGGGACUCCGCAAGGGCAUGGUCGCUGCCGCGGACGGGUGGAGGGCCACCACCGCGGCCACCAAUCACACUAAGGACAGGGAUGGGUGGUCAGGCAGGGACCUGCAGCACGCGAUCGCCGCCCACUCUAUGGAGGAGGUCAAGAAGCAGUGCGGCUUCACGACGAACCGUAUCGAGAACCACUGGUCGGUCCUCAAGAUGUGGCUCAAGAAAAGUCGCGGCGGCCGCCUGUCGACCACCUCGGAGCGGCGGACGUGGGCCCGCUGGGUGACGGAAUUUCAAGACAGGAAGGCCGCAACGACGCCGCAUUCAAUGGAUGACAGCGACGCCUUCUCCCUGCCGACAAAAAACUUCCUCUCCAACGUGAGGGGGGUCACUCUGGCUGGGGGGCUCUGA